UGAGAGCGGAGAGCGGCAUUCAACGCCGCGGACACGUCGCCGCCGCGCGUUGGGCGUGGUCUGUAGGUGUUUGAGGAAGAGUCGAGUUCCAGGUGUGCGACGGCCAGCGGCAGCCCAGGAAGACGCGUUGAAGACCCCACGUUCACGCGGCGGAAAGGUACAAGCUUACAGCCGAGCGCAACCAACGAGGAGGCGCGUGAGUCCGGUCGGAGUCCAGUUGGAGCGCGUGGUGGAAGAUGAGCGCCGCCACAUAUAAUUACGGUCAGAGCGGCAACCAUGAGCGCGUCAACUUCAUACCUGGGCAGCAGAAGGCCGCCUCCCGGCACAAGCUUGGCAUCGUGGUCGGGGUCCUGGUCACGCUCAUCAUUCUAGCGGUGGCAGCGCUCCUCAUUUGGCUGUUUGUGUUUAAAGAUGGCUCUUCAGGAGGCAGACUCAGCAACCUGUACAGCCCGCGGACGCUGGUCUACAGCGGGCACAUGAGGCUGGCCGACGUUCCCUACGACCAGAAGCUGGAGGACGUCCAGAGCAGCCAGUUCAUCGAUCUGGCGACCAACCUGGAGGCGACUAUUAAGCAGAACCUGAAGAACGAUGCGUUCCUCUCAAAGUACUACAAUAGUUCGGCGGUCACCGCCUUCAGUCCGGGCGUGACGGCCUACUACUGGUGCCAGUUCUGGGUCCCGGCGAAUGAACUGGAGGUGGUUCCGCAGUUCACCGAGAUGCGGGUGUUGGACGCGCUGGAGGUCGGCGUCAAGCACUCGCGCAGCGUCGGCUCCGGCGAGCUGAAGAUCAGCGACGUUACCGCUGCGCUCACAGAUCCUCGAAUGGCCAAGGACCCCCGAUCCACUGACUGUUUGUCCCGCCUGAAAGCUGAAAGUGGCAUAAAAACCUUUACGUCUCCGGGGUUCCCAUCGGGUUACCCCGAUUCGUCUCGGUGUCAGUGGCAAAUCCGGUCUCCAGAGAACACCAGAAUCCUGGUCAACUUCCCUGUUUUCCACACCGAAGAUGACUGCAAGCACGAUGUGGUCGCCAUCUAUGAUUCGUUGAGUCCAAAUGAGGAUCGGGCCAUCACUCAGAAGUGUGGCCAGAGACCCCCCUCUAACCCCCUGGAAGUGGCGUCAUCUGCCAACCUCAUGCUGAUUAACUUCGUUACUGACAGCGGCGCCUUGAGUCCUGGCUUUUCAGCAGAAUACAGAGCCGUCCCCCUCUCAAAUGUGACGUGCGGUGGGACUCUUUCUGAAAAGGAAGGAUCUUUCACCUCCCCACUUUACCCCUGCUUCUAUCCUCCUGGCAUUGACUGCAAGUGGACCAUCCAGGUCCCUGCUGGUAAUCAGGUGCGGAUAAAGUUCACCAUGUUCCGCAUGAAAGAGCCCAUGGUGGACAUCCAUGUGUGCCACAAAGACUAUGUGGAGAUUAUGGGCACCAAGUAUUGUGGAGAAAUUGCCUCUCUGGCCCUGACCAGUGACAGCAACACCGUGGAUGUUCAAUUCCACUCCGAUAGUUCCUAUACGGACAAAGGCUUCAGUGCCGAGUACAGCGCCUUCGAUCCAGCCAACCCGUGCCCCAACAAGUUUGCCUGCAACUCGGGCUUCUGCAUCGCCAAGGAGCUGCAGUGUGACGGCUGGAACGACUGCGGCGACCUGAGCGAUGAGAUGAAGUGUAAGUGCGACAAGGACCAGUUUCCGUGCGACAACGGCUUGUGCAAGCCCAGAAUGUAUGUGUGCGAUCGCGCAAACGACUGUGGCGACGGCAGCGAUGAGAAACGGUGCGGUUGCGAUGAGAACGAGUGGCGCUGUGGGAACGGGGCCUGUCUCCCCCAGGACGUGGUGUGUGACAGUAAGCAGGACUGUGCAGACGGAAGCGACGAGGCCUCUUGUAAAACCUCUCUGGCCAUCUGCUCCGACUUCAGCUUCAAGUGCAAGAACGGCGAUUGCGUCAACAAGGUGAACGCUGAAUGCGACCGCGUCAACGACUGCUCCGAUAACUCGGACGAGGACGGCUGCAAUUGUGGGACCAGGCCUUACAAGCUGAACCGCAUAGUAGGAGGGCAGAAUGCUGAGCUUGGGGAGUGGCCAUGGCAGGUCAGCCUCCACUUCCAGACCAACGGUCACACUUGCGGCGCCUCCAUCCUCUCUGAGACGUGGCUCCUAUGUGCUUCCCACUGCUUUGUCACCAACGACCCAGCGAAUCACGAGGCCAGCAACUGGAUCUCCUACAGCGGCAUGCAGGCCCAGUACAAGUUUGAUGGUGUGCAGACCCGCAAGGUGAAACGAAUCAUCUCCCACCCUAAUUACAACCCAAUGACCUUUGACUAUGACAUUGCUCUGCUGGAGCUCAGCGAGCCACUGGAGUUCAGCAACACCAUCCAACCCAUCUGCCUACCAACUUCCUCCCACGUGUUCCCUGCGGGCAUGUCCUGCUGGGUCACCGGCUGGGGCGCGCUCCGGGAAGGAGGACAAGUAUCACAGUUGUUGCAGAAAGCAUCUGUAAAAAUCAUCAAUGACACCGUGUGUAACUCAGUCACGGAGGGUCAGGUCACCUCCAGGAUGCUCUGCUGUGGAUUCCUGGCUGGAGGAGUGGAUGCGUGCCAGGGAGACUCUGGAGGCCCCCUGGUGUGUUUCGAGGAGAGUGGGAAGUGGUUCCAGGCUGGCGUCGUGAGCUGGGGCGAGGGCUGUGCUCGUCGUAACAAGCCUGGCGUCUACUCGCGCGUCACCAAGCUGCGGGACUGGAUCAAGCAGGAGUCGGGGAUUUGAUGUUGUGAGGAACAGAGACGGCGCAGAGCGGGGAGCAGCGUCAGAGUGCUAAAAGUAAGGGGAUGAGGAAUAUUUGAGUCUUGCUCGAGACUAUGAGCAGCAUUCAUGUAGCAGCGGACUGAGGACACUGUUACAUGAACCCGGCUUCUCACAGGAAUGACUUGAAGCACUUUUUUUGUUUGCCAAAGCCAUUUUGCUUCUCAUAUGUUCACAAACUAAGUAACACAAGGCAGAGUGACUCAUAGUAACUAGUUAUUUUUUUAUUCAUAUUUGUAUAUAUGAUAUACAUAUUUGUGUACUAUGAAGUACAGGAAAUGAAACAUCAUAUUGCAGAAAUCAUUCUUCUGGUAAAUGUUAGAUUUUUACAUGGAUAAAUUAAGGCAUUCUUACAGUAUCGAGUGAAGAGGUCCAUCCUACUAACCACCUAUGAUGCCUUUUUCCUGUUUAGUUGCAGUGUAUCUUUUCUUGUAGAUAGACAUAAAUGUGGGAUUUUAUUUAUCCAGUAGCCCAAAGGCUCUUAAACUCUCAUAAAUUACAGUUGACCGUUUUUCAAAGCACAGUGUUGGUUUCCCAGUUGAUUAAAGCAUUUUUAUCUGCCAAGCUGACAUUAGUCUGGGUUUUUAUCAGCGAAGUCUAAAUAUCAUCUUCCAGAGACAAUUGACUGAACAUGUGUUGAUAACAGAUGUUUGACAACACGGUGUGGAAAAAGGAAAUCAACUAACUUGAUUCUCAGAUCCACACAGGGGCAUUUUCGUAUGCUAAAAUGAAUGAAAAUCCCAAACUGCCUAGAUAGCAGCGAUAAAAGCAUUAAUCACUGUGAAAGCCCACGGGCUGCGUUGGAAAACGGCCAGCAGGGACGUUAGGUAUUCCAGAACUUGCAACAACAUUGAUCUGAGUCUAAAGAACUGUUUAAACUGCUUUAACUUGUUCAUGAUCUGAACUCGGGUACCAGAUCUUUAUUUCUGCUACUCGUUUCCAGAUGCCUAUCGGCCCCGUCUGAUCUGUAAAUGAUUUGCCAAAACGUUAUUUUCGGGGCAGUGGGAAUAAGGAUUGGAUCCAGUUGUCUUGUACGUGGGUGUCGUUAAUCUCAGGGUGACUGGUGUCUUCAGUCGCACAUACCUCAGAGCCAGAGCAAACCAGAACAGCGUAUGUGAUAUCUUAUCCAUCUCUUAAAUCUUACCCAUUUUAAACUCAGUCAGGAGUUUAAAAUGUAAGAUUUGAGUGGAUGUUGUUUUUCACUUGGCCUUUGUCUCUGGUAUAUCACAUCCUGGAAAUAUUCUAUACUGACUGAGCAAAUGUGAAAUACAGUAUGCAUAUAUUUUAUCUAGUGAAAGGAAAGAUUUUAAGAACAAUUGUAUACUUAUAGCUCAGUGGACCUUUUUUAAACAAUUUAUUGUAUAGAGUUCUAUAAUAGUGUAUGUGUGAAUGUAAAUAAUUUAUUUUUAGGGAAUGGCCACAAACUUUAGAUAGAUAGAUGUGCUGUUUCAUUUUGUUUUUGUAUAAGUUUUAUAUUGUUGUCAUGAUAAUAAACCUUUACUCUAAUUCGUUAGUACCUAA